AUGAGAUUCACACGCUCCUUGCCUUUCGUACUGUCUCUCUUCACAGCUGCCCUCGCGGACGUGGAAUUCACGACGCCCACAGUGGACACGGUACUCAAAGCCGGCGACGUUGUAACAGUCCACUGGAAAGAUUCGGGGAUUCCACCUCGAAUUUCUGAGCUAACCCAGUAUGAUCUCUAUCUAUGUGCCGGAGAAGACCUGACAGGUCUCAAUGAAGAGAUCGCCCUUCUCAUGAAAGACGUCGCAUUCGCGCGCGGAAAUUCCGUCUCCUUCAAGAUCGAUCCAGCACUUGGCGCAGAUGUACCAGAAGCCUACUUCCUCAAGAUGGUCUCUUCAGGCCCAGAUGCCUUCACCAUCAACUAUUCGCACCGCUUCUCCAUCUCUGGAAUGGCAGGCACCUUCUCCCCGGACAGCAUACAGUCCAUCAGAGAAGACCGGGCAGAACUCCGCAAACGACAGGCCCAGGGCGCGUAUACAAUCCCGUAUGAGUUGCAGGUGGGACCUACGAGAUAUGCCCCGAUGGCCAAACAGCCAGGAAGCACGAUCCCACCGAACUUGUCGCCCACGCCUCAGCAUCCGGCCAGUCCUUAUACCAUUGCCACUACGUUUCUCCCGGCGCCUACGGUCCAGCAGACGAUGACGGCCACUUUGACCCAUUCUGUGGUGAGCAUGGAGAAUACUGCAUCCCCAGCGCCGAACCCUCAUGACGCGCAGAUGAAGAGAUACUUGGAGAGAUGGAAGGAUUAG